AUCACCCCCUGCGAUGCCAACCCGCCCCACGUCCGGACCGCACGGCUCGCUUGUCUGAUCGCACCACUGACCCGGGAUAAGGUGCUGCAGCAGCGGGCGUGCUGAGGGAGAUGCACCGGAGACAAAGACGGUCGCUGUGCACGCUGGGUCGGUUCCACUAUGAUCGGCGGUGGAGAAGCGCGGAGAGAGAAGUCUGACUCGACCUAAUCCAGCAGGACACCGGCCGAGGAGGGAAGAGGGGGGGGCGAUGAGGAGCACGAUGGCCUCGAUGAAAACACCAUUAUUCCUGUUCCUGCACUGGGUGCUGCAGUGUGCUGUGUGUCGCGACGUCACCCUUCCCAUUGGGAACCUCUACCGAGUUGCAGGGUUCCAGCUCUCCGUGCCCUGUGUGGUGUCAGGAUACGACGGCCCGCGCACACAGGAUUUCGAGUGGUUCCUGUACAGGGACGAUGCAGGUGGCAAGCAGCUGGGCGUGGUGUCCACCAGGGACAAGGGUUUCCCCUACGCACCCUUCCAGGCCCGGGUGAGGAACGGGGAGGUGAGGGUCGAGAGGGAUUCUGGGGACCGGGUCCGACUGGUGAUCCAGAGGCUCCGCGCCGACGACCAGGGGAAAUACGAGUGCUACACACCCAGCACAGACACUGCCUACCAGGGAAACUACAGUGGCUCAGUAACUGUCAAAGUGAUCCCGGACACACUCCAGAUCAGCUUCACCCGCUCGCUCACCGGCCAGCCCGUGCCGGAGGGGGCGGAGUUAACCCUGACGUGCUCAUCCAGCAUCCGGUCGGAGCAGCUCACACAUCUCUCCAUCAUGUUUGGGAAGCGUGGCGGUGCCGAGGCCCCGGGGGGCGGAGCCGGAGGAGGGGAGGUCAGCACCGUCAGAGAGAUCAUCGCCAUCGACAACCUGCUGGGGAUCGUCCCCGGGCGUUCCUACAAGAAGCGCUACGACAAUGGCGAGAUCACGCUGGAGAAGAGGAACGGAGAGGGCGGGCAGGACGUGUACCUGAUGAAGAUGAGAGCGGUCCAGCCAGACGACGCCGGCUCGUAUUUCUGUGAGGCCACGCAGUGGAUCCGGGACCCCGACCGCUCGUGGCAGAAGAUCGCACAGAGAACGCUGGAUAUUGGCAACUUGACUGUUCAGCAACUAGCCGAGUCCCUGAGUGUAACGUCCUCGCCCAGAGGGGAGGUCACCCAGCAGAUCGGCUCUCCUCUCAUCCUGACCUGUGAGGUGCUGGGGCUGCCCUCUGAAGUGACCUCUGGCCUGCUGGUGCAGUGGAUGAAGAGGGGAUCUGUGAGCAGCAGUGACGUCAGUAGCGGAGGAGUUGAGGUGGAGGUGGCCAGGAUGAGCACGGGCGGCGUGGUGAGCUGGGGCGAUGACCUCAGCAGAGCGAGUGGCGGCUCCAUGGAGAAAGUGGCGGAGGGGAAGUACGCUCUGAAGCUUUUCUCCGCCCGGCCGUCCGACACGGGGGUGUACCGGUGUGUGGUGAGUGUGUACGCCGGGAGGGCAAACCCCAGCCCGGCUACGGCGGCGACGCUCACCCAGAAGUCUGAGGGAGUCACGGUCAACCUGAAGACCAAAGAUGUGCUGGUGUCAGUCGCGGCUCAGCUCCCUCGGGGCCCGCUGCUGAAGAGAGGCAGCACCAUCACCCUCAUCUGCAACGUCACCGUGACAACCACAGGCCCCGCCCAGGUGCAGGUCCAGUGGCUGCGCUGGCCAAUCCCGGCACCAGUGUUCAGGAGGGGACCGGGUUCAGCCGUUGACGUUGCUUCGUCAGAGGCCCCAGAUGUAUUGAAACCCACACAGGUGGCUGCUCUCAUGUACGACGGCGUGGCGGACAUCUACGUCAACGGCAGCGAGAUCAGCAUCGACCGCCUCUCGGCCAUCAGCUACCGACUGAGGGUCCACGCCGCAACGAUGGAGGAUCAGGGCAUGUAUGCGUGUCAUGCCGAGGCGUGGGGUCAGGACCCGCACGGAGGCUGGUACAACACGGGAGUCCGGGCGGAAUCGAACGCAGUGACCGUUUACCUGUACGCGAGAGCUGCCGACCUCCUCCUCAUCCCUCUGGUUGUCGGCGUCUCCUCCGCCUUGUUCGUGGGCAUCGUCAUCAUCGCCACAGUGACCUGCUGCUUCAUGAAGCGCCUGGCGAAGCAGCGCGCUCGGAAGUAGGUGUCCUCUGUCGGCGCCCGUCUGAAAUCUGCUCGGUCACGAAGGGGCCGAUGCUCAGAACACCACGGGUGAAAUAACUUCAAGACUGAGCGAAGUGAGAAAAGACUUUGUGACCUUCACAGCUCAUCUUCUGUGUUCUGACGUAAACAAUCAAUGCCAAAUGAUUCUGUUUUCUAUUCUCUUAUAUUUUAUAUCCAAACCUCCUCUGGAAAAACAACGUGUUUUAGUGAGCGCUGCAUCGCACACCCACGCCACCACUCCCACUCCUCGUGUGGGUAGACUAGAAACCAGUUUCCAUGAUAGUCGAACCCACUUUCUUCUCUAUCCCCUUGUCCAAGCUAAUCUUUCUGUUUAAACCGGAAAAAGGGUCAAAAGACAGAGGUACGAUUUUGUUGAUGAGGUCAAACGUUUAGAUGUGAGUAACCGUACAGAGUUAUAGAUGUCCUCUAAGAAGUGAGAUGCUAAUGCUACAUAGUUUGAUAACGGUUCUAGUUCCUUACAAAACAAAGACCGUUCUGUUUUCACAAAUACCACUCGUCUCUUCCUGAAACUGCUUGUUUUCCUUUUAGCACAAUAUCCCAACUCUGUCUAAAUGUACACGCAGCUUCCAGCACUGUCACAUGCUGU